AUGACGACGGUAUUUACGAAGGAGGAGUUGGAGGACUUGGCGUACGUGGAUCUCGAUGACGACUUUGUGGAGCGAAAUGUACGUAAUCAGACGUUUGACGCGGAGUUAAGCCGCCGGGCGGCUCAAGAGGCGUGCGAUGACUUUGUUAGGACCUUCCUUGGCGAUGACGAGGUGCCCUCCCUGCAUCUGAUGAUGCGGGAAUGCGACAGCUCUCUUGCCGGGAUCGAGCGUGUGCUGGAGCGGUUUAUUGUUAACCUGGAGUCGGUUCAGCACGAUAUUGGCGACGUACGUGAGCGGCUCAAGCGUAUUGGGGUCAGCCUCACCAACACGAGUAAGUUGGAGCGGGCGCUGUGGAGUGUUGUGUCGCGCCUCAUUGUGCCUCCCGAGGUUGUACGCAUUAUUAUCUACUGCAACGAUGAGGAGCUCGGUCCGCAGUUAAAGCUGAGUAUGCAGCAACUUUUGAUGAUUCUUCGUUACCGCAAGGAGGGAAGUUGCCGGAUUGAGUCGGACGCCGAGACGCGGAUUUCCUUUGACGCGUGCAAGAUAUAUGCCGAACUGACGGAGGUGCUUGACCGUCUCACCGUUCAUGCUUGUGUGAAGACGAAGAGGUUUCUCUCCAAGAAGUUGGCGUACCUUAACGUGAGGAACACCAACGUGUACAUUCAACAGGAACAUGUCUUGAAGCCAUAUGCGUUUUAUGUGCAUUUUCUUCGCUCCGCCGCCUCACUUCUGCGCCGUCCGCAGGAACGCGACGAAGUCGACCCCGGAGCUGCGGAGCUUCUCCCAUUUUGUAUAACUAAGGCGCUGUAUGAUGAGCUGCGUUGUGAGUAUUGCGCGAUCAUGUCACAGUUGUACCUUGACCGCUUCCAGCAUUAUGUAAUGACGCUGAAUGCGAUGGAGAAAUCCACGCAAACCGUGUACACCGGAACUGCACAGGUGGCGUAUGUUUUGCCUCUGCUCGUUGAGUUACAGGAGGCGACACCGUCGUCCACGUUUGAAUUGGGCGAACGUGCCGGCAUCCUAAACGCGGUGCUCGCCCAGCCCUUGGUGCCCCUUGUGGAGCACGCAAAGCAGCAGUUGCACUUCUACGAGGAGACGUUUCGCUCUUUGAAUGUGCUGCUGUGUGACGCCGUGACGCAUGAGUUUCUCUUUACAUUUGCGUUCUUUUCUGGUGAUAUGUCCGUCUUUGUGGACGUCUUCAAACCCACUAUUCAGUUUUUUGUGGAUUACGUGUCGGAGGUGUUGUUAGGCCAAAACGAUGGUACUGUGCGCCGUCUGAUGCGUGAAAAAUAUCCGCAGGCGUCCGUCAACCCCAAUUGCCGCUAUGACUGUUACGGUCUACUGCUGCUUGUUCGUCUCUGUCAUGAAUUUCGCUCGUUUAUGAGGGAUGUGCGACGACUCAGCUGCCUCGAAGGAUUUUACGACUCCUUGUUGCUACUUUUGUGGCCAGCAUUUCAGCGGACGUAUGAGCGACAGAUGCUUUCGCUACGAUCGGCGGAUGCUGUAAGCCUCUCGCGGGUACUUUUGAGGACACAUAGCGGUCAUGCAUGGGGGUGGGUGAAGUGUGUUCACCCAUUGAGCCAACACUAUGCGGGGUUUGUCCAGUCACUCGUCACAAUUGGCUCCGGCUGUGGCUUUGAUGAGUUUAGUGACAAUGAUGAACCAUCGCGUUCUUUUAGUUCGGUGGAUGCUGUGAAUGGAACCACCGCCGCCGCGAAUCUCAGUAAUACACAUGAGAUUAGUUUUGCCGAACUGCGGCGUCUCGCAUGGCGCGCCAUUGAGGCAGAACGUGCGUCUGACGCAGCGGACAGUGCAUCACGCUUUGCGGUGCUUACCGGAAAUCUCUCUUUCAUGCGGGUGGAGGUUUUACGUCUGUUGCGGGAGAUGGGGCAACACGUGGCUGCGGGUGACACGAAGCACCCAGAGACCCAUGAAAUGUGCGUUCUUGCCUUUUUGUUGAACAAUGUUCGCGCCAUCCUGCGUCCGUGGAACGAGUAUCUUGCGAAUAACAGCUCACCGUCGCUUGAGGAGGACUACCGGGCGCUGGAAGAAGUCGAGCGGGUUCACAGAAGCGGGUUUGUGGACGCACAGCUGCGGAUGUACUUCCCGUUCCUUUACGGUGUCGUGCAUCAGGAGGAGGUUGCAGAGAUGCAGUUGGAGAAGCUGCUGGAAUCCGCGGAUGCCUUCACGCGGAAUUGGAAGCGUGAACUUGAUAACGUUUGCGGUGCAGUGCGAACGAUGAUUGCGGACCCCGUGCACGAGGGGGAGCUGCUGGCACAAGUCUGCAUGGAAGUGCUACUGCGCAACACGCGCCUGCAUGGAUGCGUGUCGCGGGUGUUGGCGGCAGCGCCCUCUCAGUCUCCUUCCGCUGCCUCCGACACGGAUGGCGUGAACCGCCCUAUUCGCUCUUUUGUGGUGACAAACCAGCAGAUGUUGCAGCACAUGCGAACACUUGCAACUAUGCCAGAGGAUGAGGAGGGCGUGGGGACGCGUACGAAGUUCGGAGAGGGGUUGGGCUUUCCCACGUUGUAG